UCGGGCCACAUUUUUUGAAAUUGUGGAAGCCCUCAGACCACGCCUCCAGCGGCAGUCCACCAACAUGAGGCAGCCAAUUCCUGUUGAGAAGAGAGUUGCCAUUGCCAUCUGGUACCUUGCUAAUGCCAACUGCUACAGGGAGGUUCGUGAGCAGUUUGGUGUUGGCCUCUCCACAGUAGGAGAGAUAGUCCUUGAGGUUUGUUGUGCCAUGGAGCUCGACCUCCUCCGGAAGACGGUGUGCCUGGGCGAUGAGGUCACCAAGAUCAUGGAUGGUUUCGCACAUCUAGGAUUUCCACACUGUGUUGGGGCAAUUGACAGCAUGCACAUCCUCAUACGAGCACCAAGAGGGCGGACUGAUGAGUAUGGCAACUUCAAGAAACACUACUCCAUACUGCUGCAGGGCACAGUCGACCACAGUGGACGAUUUAUCAAUGCUGAGGUUGGCUGGAGUGGCAGGACCCGUGGUGCAUUUGUAUUCUGCAACUCUACCCUGUGCACAGCAAUGGAUGCUGGGGUCUUUGUUCCCGGAAACCCGACCAUUGAGAUCAAUGGGGUGCAAGUGCCAGCACUGAUGGUAGCGGAUGGAGCUUACCCCAUUCGCAAGUGGCUAAUGAAGCCCUUUGGCAAAAAUGGGGACAGGCGUCAGCAAAUGUUUGACCAUGCACUCUGCAGGGCUAGAAGCGUAGUAGAGUGUGCCUUUGGGCGGCUCAAGGCACGCUGGCGAUGCCUGACAAUGCGCCUCCCUGUCUUUGAGGAGAAUAUUGCCACUGUGAUUACAGCAUGUGUCAUCCUGCACAAUAUAUGUGAGGAGAAAGGACAUGGCAUUUUAGUGGACCUAUGUGAUCCUGCCCCCCCUAUUCCCAACAAUGAGGAAGACUACUACCGUAAUGAUAACUGUCAUAAGGAGGAAGGGAAAUGUGUCAGGAAUGCUGUUGCUGAUUUCAUGCUUAGGCACCAACCUUGUCCAUGAUACCCCACCUUGCUAUCAGCAGCUCUGUAGUUGUGCUGCUUAAAGAAAAAUAAACACCUUUUUCUACAUAGGAAUACCAGCCUUCUUGUACCUAAUGCAGUCAAGAAAUAAAUUAGUAAAUAAUCUUGCCCUAGUGUUCUACUUUUACUUAAUUAGGUUGGAUAUUCGACAAAUGAAACCAGAAGGCAGAGUUGUUAUGUCAACCUAUUGAUCCAAAGAAACGUGUGUGUGGAGGGAGAUGGGAGUUGGGGGUUCUUGUCACUCCUGUCUGCUUGUUAAUCAGGAAUUAUGUAAUGUCUAAACUACCCUAGUUGGCCAUGUUACAAUUCUUGGAAAUGGUUUUAAUAGAGACCAACCAUGCCUUGAGACCAGCACUUCCAAGUAUAUUUAUAUCCUACACUUCCUCUAGGAAGCUCAGGGCGCUGUGCCUGGUUCUCCUUUUGCCAUUUUAUCCUUGUAAGAAUAUAGUGAGGAAGGUCUGGCUGAGAGAAUAACUAGUGUGAAGAUUUUACCAGCUUCAACUCCAGCAUCUCCUGGGCAGAAAAGAUUUGGCCACUGUGAUGCAUGCCCUGGUAACAUCUAUAUUAGGAUACUGCAAUGCAUUCUACAUUAGGCUGCCCUUGAAAAAUGUUUGGAAAUUUCAAUUAUGCAGAAUGCUGCAGCCAGGAUGUUGGCUAUAUGUAUUGUAUUGGUUGUAUGGACCAUAUCAGUCCAAUAUUGGCCUAUCUAUACUGGUUCCAAAUCUGUUUCUGGACACAAUUCAAGGUGCUAGUACAGACUUUUAAAGUUGUAUAUGGCUCAGGACCAGCAUACCUAUAACCGCCUACUAACUGACCACUACAGUUGUGUUCUGAGGCCCUAUUUUGGGUGGCCCCUCCUAAGGUUUAGCACAUGGCAACACAGGAGAGUACCUUCUUGACUAUGGCACUAAUACUCUGAAAUCCUAUCUCCAGAGAUACUUGUCUGUCCCUUAUACUACCAUCUUUCACCAGGGAAUGAAAACUUUUUUGGUUUGUCUAACAUUCCCUCAAUGAAUCUUCCUUUUGCCAUUAUCUUUUAAUUGCUAUUUUUAUGUGUAUUUUAGUUUUGGUUUUAAUGGUUUUAAGAUGUUAUGUAUGUUAUUAAUCUGUUAGCUGCCCUAACAAGGACAGGAAGUGGGGCCCUAAUGAGGGCAGAAAGCAGGGUAUAAUCGUGUAAAUAAAUAAAUAGUCGAAGGUCAUCCUGUGAGUUUCAUGACAGUAAGAACUUGAACUUGGAGGCUGGGAAUAGGAGAUGGCAUGGGUGGAAAACAAAAUCUCCUUACCAUCAAACA